AACCUCGAGGCGCUACAUUGAACUUGCCAGUCAAUGCCAUUGCAGCAAGUCUGAAUACGCCUCUGACUCUUUCCAACUUUGUUUUGAACUACUACAAUGGCAGCUUUACGUCGUCUCAACAAGGAGUUAAGCGAUCUGAGAAGCAGGCCCAUCGAGGGCCUCACAGUGACCCCGGAUGAGGAGAACAUGCUUCAUUGGAAAUGCUCGAUCAAGGCAGCUGUAAGUGGUUUCAACAGGCCUGAUAGCCCGUACAAAGGCGGCAUCUUCCACUUUAACCUUGAUCUGCCAACAGAGUUCCCCUUCAAGGCACCUUCAGUCGCGUUCACCACGAAGAUAUAUCAUCCCGGAAUAGACGAGGAAGGCCACAUUUGUGUACCUAUCCUGCGUGAUCAGUGGAAACCCACCGUAACACUAUCGUCAGUGCUUGCAAUCAUUCAGGAGAAGCUCAACAAUCCUAGUCCUGAUGAUCCCUUUGAGCCCGACAUUGCUGUGCAACUGAAGAAUGACCAUAACAAGUUCUUAGCGACUGCGAAAGAGUGGACAAAGAAGUACGCUUCAACGCCUUGAGGCAAAUUUCUCAGCACUUGCAGCUUUUCCGAGUUGUAUAAGAAUUAAAUGAACAAAGGGAAGGCUCGAUUCGUCACGACCCGCAUGUAUAAUUGUAAUACCAUCAUGAAUUUCCAUUGGAGGAUGUCAAAGAUUUGUUUGCUUCUGAACCACGUAAAUUAACUCUUAUCCGGCUC